AUGAAGGCAGCAGAGAUCAGAUUGUCUCUACACAGACCUCUACAGCACAGAGAUCCACACAUGGCUCCUACAAUCACUGCAGCAAUGACCAACUCUCAGGAGCAUCUGACUCGGAGCCACAAGCUCAGAAAGCCUCUGGUGGAGAAGUUACGCAGAGAGCGAAUCAACAGCAGCAUCGAGCUGCUCAAGUCUCUCCUGGGUCCAGAGUUCCUCAACCAGCAGCCAGACUCCAAGCUGGAGAAAGCAGACAUCCUGGAGAUGACCGUUUGCUUCAUGACACAGCUGCUGCAGCAGAACCAGCAGCAGAGAAGACUGAUGAAGCAUGUCAACAAGCUGCAGUCUUCCUCUGAGGAGAAGCUGAGAGAGGCUGACUUCUCUCCUCUGAGCUCCACAGUCCACAGCAGCAUCAACAAAGACAAGAGUCCAGUCAGCAGCGCCCCCUGGAGGCCGUGGUAGACUCCUACAGACUGGAGUUACCAGCAGACAAACUGGGACGAGCUCAGUGGUCAGAGACGACUGGAAGUGAAUUCCAUGACAUGUAAGGACUUGUUCUUCUGUAUGAACAGAGACAUGUAUUUGUGUGUUGGACGUUUCCUGAGGAAAGAAGCAACAAUAUCUUUCAAGUGAAGAAAGAAAACAUCUUGUCAUGCAUGUUGCAUGAAUCACAUCUGAUUGCAUCAGCAAUUAUUAUCACCCCUCACUGUGUCAGUGAUGUAUCAUCAUAAGGUUUGUUACCUGUUGAUUAACAUUGAUCUUUGCUGUGAAAACAUCUAAAUGUUCUUUUUGUGGACGUGUUUUCAUCAGGAUUUUAACUUUGAAUUUCUCUGUUCAGUCAAAAAUGAUCUGUUUUAAGAUCCAAACGUUUAUUUCAUUUUCUUUAUGAACGAGAACAUCUUGUCAUGCACGUUGCAUGAAUCACAUCUGACUGCAUCAGCAGUUAUUAUUUUACCUCACUAUACUUCAUGUAAUUGUAUUAUAUCAUCAUAUGAUAACAUUGUUAACUAUUGAUCAGUAUUGAUCAUUGUCAUUAGAAGAUAUUUGUCCUUUUUAAAGUUUUAAUUGGACUUUACUUUAAUCUGUGUGAUUAAUCACAACUGAUCUGUUGUAAGAUCAAGAUUCUUUCUUUUGUGAAGGUUUUGUUUAAUCACAGUUUCCUUGUGAUACAUUUGUUCUCCGUUGUGCGUCAUGUGUUCCUAACAUUGAAUCAAUAGUAACAAUGUUUCCUGUUGAAUAGUUUUGAUCAUGUUGAUCAUAAUCUUCAUUGUCCUGAUUUGGAUAUU